AUGACCUACGAAAUUGGAUUGAGCACACCUGAUGUGCCUAAUCGAGGGUUUCCGCUAUGGAUAUGUAGUGUUGUGAUGGUAAUUAUAGCCGGUCUCUUCGUUUUAUCUAGACUGGCUAUUCGAUUCCAUCACAGCCAUUUAGGAUCAGAUGAUUGGAUGAUUUUGGCAUCGCUGGUUAUGCUCCCAUCGAUCUUGGUCCGCAGAACUCUUAUUAACUCAAAACUAGCGGUACACUAUGGAUAUGGAAAACAUUCCAAAGAUCUCACGCAAAAUGAUCGAGUGGCUGCACUCAAGUGGUUCUUUGGCGCCCAGCUCGUAUACAAGAUUGUCAUUGCUGUCAACAAACUCUCCUUCAUGUGCCUAUACCUUCGAAUCUUUCCCCAGCGCACCUUCCGGUGGAUUUGCUAUUAUGGGCUGGGGGUUAUCACUGUCUGGGGCACAGCAUACGUCUUCCUCACCAUCUUCCAAUGCAAGCCCAUCGCUUCGUUCUGGGAUAUCACUAUCAAGAACCCAAAAUGUCUGGACAAAGAGGGGUUGUGGAUGUCUUAUUCAGUCAUCAACAUUACAUUUGACCUGCUCAUUCUCGCCCUGCCUAUAUACCCCUUGAGUCAUCUACGGCUGCAACGGGCGAAGAAGAUUGGUCUCCUCGUGGUCUUCGGAAUGGGAGCAUUUGUCUGCGUCACAACGAUCAUCCGAAUCACCACCCUUGUCCAAUCUGCCACUGACACGGAUCCGACUAGCGGUCCUAUCCCAGCGACCAUCUGGAGCGUGGUUGAAGCAAACACUGGUAUUAUCUGCACCUGUCUACCAGUCUUCCGACAUCCGCUCCAGUUCUUCUUCCCGCAUCUCUUCAACUCCUCUGAGCAAACCACCAAUCCGUAUAGUCAACAUGUGGCACGUCAUACGCCGCAUGCGAGUGGGUCCGAAAGAAACCUCACCCAUGAUGAUUUAUGGCAGGAUGAAGGCCUGGAGAUGGCAAGCCCGGAGAUUUACAAGGCGGAUGCCAAUGGUAGAAUCAUGACAACGACACGCAUAAACGUCUCAUAUCAACAGGACCAAGAAUCGGAUGCGUCAUCACGACCAAUCCGUAGAGAUUUUGACUGA